AUACUGGUCUGGUGCCCAGCUUAUAUUGUAAACAAAUAGAAGUCUGGCAUGAGCGGAAUAAUGGCCGACGCGAUGAUAAUAAUGGAUCAUACUUAUAUAAAAGGGGAGAGAGUGUCUGGGUUUCAAGUGAUCGGGAGUAGGUCUGGCCCAGAUCACAUAUACAGUUCCUGUGCCCCCAAAGACUCAAGUACCCCUCCGAAACGAGGAAGCAAGAGGGCAGUGUCAACUCCCACAGGACAAACACCUACACAUGAACAUAAAAUGAUUGAACUGGAUGAAAAAACCAGACACAACAAAUGGUCCCUUGAUGAGACAUCCUUUCUGAGAGAAUACAGUCAGACAUUACGAAAAGAUGGCGAGUCAGAAAAGCGUUUCUGGAACAACUGCGCAAUUGCAAUGAACAACAUGUUUGGUGGAAAAAACAGAACAGGGAAGUCCUGCAAGAUGGCAGCCUGGCGGUUAAAUCUGUCUGGUACAUGUAACAGCACCAUGUGUACUUCUGUUAAUGAAGACUUUGUGGAUUUUACGCCGCUGUCAGAGACAAAAGGAAACAAUGUGGGAACCCAGACUGAUUUGUCUUUUAAUAAUAAGCAAAGGUCUAACAAACAAGACUGGGUUUUUUUUGAACCACGGAAAAAUCUGCAGGGGACAACGAAUGUGUGUGCUGAAACAGUAAAUACGGCCGCACUAAGACGUUUAAGGACCUACUCUGAGCUAAAAGAGUCUGAGAUACAGGAGAUCAUACAAAAAAUAAGUUCCAGCUCUCCAAGAGAAGUAGCAGGGCAUAUAUUGUCUUCUCCAUUGAGAGGAAGUAUCAUUGUUGAACUUUUAAAUAAAAUUGAAUAUGCAGCAAAAGAAUGCUGCAACAAGGACAGUGUUUUGGCCCAAAAGGAUUUCUGUGACCUGGCUGAAUUUAAAUGGCAUGAACUCAUUGAUGAAUUAUUAGAGCAACAGCCAUUGCUAGCUGAUGUUCUCUUGGCUGUGUCUCUACCAACUUCUAAGAUUGGGAAUACACAAUCUGUUCAGAGCCUUAUACCGGUCAUGUCUACUGUGUUUGGAAUGUUGAUGAAAACACGAUACCAGGAGUUGUCAUGUGACCUGCGAGCACUGCCUGUGUCAGUAUUCUUGUUAGAAGAAAAGGAUAUUCAAAUACUGAAGAAGAAUAUCUCCCAGCUGAUUUCCCGAGUCAUGACAGAGUUCUUCCCCUGGAUGAAGUUCGCAAAAGAAACGGCAAACAAACCAAUUCUAGGCGAGUUUGCUGAAUUUCCAGAGUUUAGAAGAAAAAAUCAAGUCAUUCCUCUCCCAGUGAUGUCGAAAAAUGAACAGAAAUAUUCAGAUGUGGUAGAAAUACUAGACUCCUAUGAAAAUCUUGUAAUAUCUGUUUGA